ACAUCUUCUUCUGCAGUCUUUGUAGCUACAGACGCUAAGAAACCAAUCAUGAUCGCUAAGGUCACCAUUUUGUUUGCUGCUUUGGCAGUUGCCCAAGCCGGUGUCCUGUUGCACGGACAUGCCAUCAGCACUGGAGUGAGCGCCAGCGCACGCAGCCAGGAUGCUCACGGUAACUACGCUUUCGGCUAUGACAUCAAGGACGGUCAUGGUGCCACCAACUCCCGAUCUGAAGUCGGAGACGGACACGGCAACGUGAAGGGAUCCUACACCUUGGCCGACAUUGACGGACGGGCCAGGAAGGUCGAAUACGCCGCCGACGGACACGGAUUCAGAGCCGUCGUCAAGACCAACGAGCCCGGUACCGCCGCCAGCGCCCCCGCCGCCGCCCUCAUCGCCAGCCCCUACGCCGGACCCGUCGCCCCCGUCGUAGACCACGUGGCCCCCGCAGCCGCCGUCGUAGGACAUGCCCUCGCCGCCCCCAUCGCCCACGGAGGAGCUUGGGGCUACGGAAUCGGACACGCCGGUGUCUUGGGACACGGUCUUGCCCACGGUGGUCUUUUGGGACACGGUCUCGCCCACGGAGGACUCGUAGGACAUGGACUCGCCCACGGCGGUCUUGUAGGACAUGGGCUCGCUCAUGGCGGUCUGUUGGGACAUGGAUUGUGGCACUAAAUUAAUUUUGACAUCCAUAUCAUUUCAUGUGGACUGUGAUCAAAAUUCAUCUGGGAUCUCUUUCAUCGAUCAAUCUCUACAACAAAGUUGCCGAACCUCUACGAGAAAUUUUGCAUCCUCCAAUGAUAGGAUGCUUUUACUCAGACGGAUAUCUAUGGGAAUGGUGCUGUCUCUGAUGAACCGAGCUUAGAAGUGUUCAUCAUCUUUCUUGGGAAACAAAAAGCUUUAUAAUUUAUUUUCUUUCCUGUUGUGUGGGUGUAAAUAAACAUUUCUUCUCUUUGCA